AUGAUUGGCCAGGACCUGGAGGAUAAGAUCUUGAGGCUGCUGCGCGAGUGUGAGGGAAACAUCCUGGAUGACGAGCAGCUCAUAGCCACCCUCAACAACUCAAAGCUCACGAGCGCCGCCAUCCAGGGCCGCGUGCGCGAGGCCGAGGAGACUGAGCGCUCCAUCAACGAGGCCCGCGAGAGCUACCGCCCCGCAGCCACGCGUGCCUCCAUCCUGUACUUUGUCAUCGCCGACCUCGCAUUAGUCAGCCCAAUGUACCAGUUCUCCCUGGCCUACUUUUCUCGGCUGUUCAAAACGUGCGUCGAGUCCAGCGAGCAGUCCGAGGACGUACCGACGAGGUUGCAGAUCCUCAACGACUACACGACGGAUUUUGUGUUCCGAAGCGUCAGCCGGGCGCUGUUUGAGGAGCAUAAGGGACUCUUCAGCUUCCUGCUGGCCGCGUCCAUCGCGCGGCACCCGUCGGCGGGGGAGGUGUCCGAGGCGGAGUGGGCCUUCUUCCUCAGGGGGCCGCCGGCCGCCGCAGCUGGCAACGCGAGCGGCAUCGCAACUCCAGCGGCUAGGCGGCCGGCGUGGGUGGGCGAGGUGGCGUGGCGGGCGCUGUGCUAUCUGGAGGGUGCUGUGGCGGCGCUGAGGGGCCUCACGGCGGGCGUGGCUGCUGGGCCAGACGCGGCAGAUUGGCAAGCUUGGCACGAGUCGGACGAGCCCCACCUGCGGCCGCUACCUGGCGCCUGGGAGGCGUCCCUGCCGGCGUCCAGCUUCCCACGCCUCCUGCUGCUGAGGGCGCUGCGCGAGGAGAAGCUGUCGUUUGGCUGCACCCAGUAUGCUGCCGCGCGCCUGGGGGCGUCAUUCACUGAGCCCGCCCCCUGGACGCUGGAGGAGGUGUUCGGCGACACCAGCUGCAAGACUCCCAUCAUCUUCAUCCUCUCAACAGGGGCUGACCCCACGGCGGCGCUCCAGCGCUUUGGUGACCGCAAGGGCUGGCCGAUGGGCAGCCGCCUCCACCUCAUCAGCCUGGGCCAGGGCCAGGGGCCCCUGGCGGAGAGCAUCGUCAAGCAUGCGGCUGGCGUGGGGGACUGGGUGUGCCUGCAGAAUUGCCACCUGGCCGAGUCUUGGAUGACGCGGCUGGAAGAGAAGGUGGACGAGCUGGGCAGGGAGGGCAGUGGCACCCACCCCGACUUCCGGCUGUGGCUGACAUCAAUGCCGUCACCAGUGUUCCCCGUGGCAGUGCUCCAAAAUGGCGUUGAGCUUACCAAUGAGCCGCCGCGUGGCGUCAAGGCCAACCUGGCCCGCACCUACAACGACUUCAGCCAGGAGGUCCUGGACUCCUGCCCCGCCAAGCCGAUGGAAUGGCGUCGCCUGCUGUACUCGCUGUCAUUCUUUCACGCGGUGGUGCAGGAGCGCCGCAAGUUUGGCCCCCUUGGCUGGAACAUCCGCUACGAGUUCAACGCGUCAGACCUGGACUGCAGCGCGGCGACACUGCGCAUGUUCCUGGACCAGCAGGGCCCGAUCCCUUGGGAGGCACUUGAGUAUGUGGUCGGCCAGAUCAACUAUGGCGGCAGGGUGACCGAUGAUCUUGACCGCCGCUGCCUCGCCAGCGUGCUGAGGCGCUACAUCUCCCCGCGCGCGGCCGAGGCCGACGGCUUCCUGCUGGCGCUGCCGGGCGGCGAUUACACCGUGGCGCCGGGCGGCGCGGCGCUGGAGGCGGUGCGGGAGCACGUGAGGGCGCUGCCCAGACUCCAUGCGGAGCGCAGGGACGCGUGA